CCCUCGUUCGUUAUCGAUUAGGUACGCCGAUAGUCACCAUAUGUGCUUAGCUCGGCGGCUUCCAGGUCUUAUUUAACGUUUUCUCAAUGAAAAUGAUCCGAAAUCGCUUGGGAAACUUGUCGCGCGUCUCCUCCCAGAUCCAGCGCCACGUCCACCAUAUGUCCACCAAUGCGGCAACGGCUCCGACGGAACUAGGAGCCAUCAGUGAGUUCCGGACGGCGGUCACCAAUCCCGGAGAGCAUUCGGCGGUGCAGCUGGCCAAGUUUUACACCAUUCCCGCGGAACAAAAGAAGCAGAUAUUUUCCGGGGGCGGCCUACCAAAGCAGUACGAACAGCAGAUCAAAACCUUUACGGAGGCUUGUCUGAUGGUCCGAAAUCCUGCGCUGGAACUGCUGCAGUACAUCAAAGACUCCGAUUUGACCAAGCCUGUGGUGCGAUAUGUGCUUUACGGAGAAAACGGCACAGGAAAAACGUUGACCAUGGCCCAUGUCCUGCAUUAUGGAGUGCUGAACGACUUCCUGCUCGUCCAUGUGCCCUGGGCGCCCAACUGGAUGAAGCGACCCAAGGAGUCGUCCAACGCAGCCGGCCAAGAGGGCAUGAUCGAUCUGCCCUUCGACGCAGCCGCCUGGUUGGUGCACUUUAAAAACCAAAACGCCCAGCUCCUCCAGCGGCUGCAGCUGAAGACCAGCAAAGAGUACGUGUGGAGCAAGCGCGAGAGCACGCCGGCGGGCUCCUCGCUUAUCGAACUGGUGGAGCACGGGAUAGCUCGAAUAAAGUACGCCUCGGAGACCACGGCGGCACUCAUCGCGGAACUCAAGCAGCUAUCUACCGCUGGUCAGUGCAAAGUAAUGGUGGCCAUCGACGGGUUCAACGCCUUCUUUCACCCGAUCACACGCAUUUUCUCCGACAACAAGCAACUCGUCACUCCGGAUCGGAUCACACUCACCCAGCCCUUCCUCGACAUCACCAGCUACGACUGGACAAACGGCGUGUGCAUUCUCUCCGUGGACAAGAUCGCCAUGACCGAAGGCUACAUGGACUCCUAUUUGCCGCGCUACCUGCUCGGCAAGGAGGGAUUUGAGCACCUGGACCCCUUCGUCCCCAUCCACGUGGAGAACUACACGGACAAGGAGUUCCACAGCUACAUCAACUACUAUCUCGACCGUCACUGGAUCAACAAGACACCGCAGGGAUUCGAGGAGCAGCUGAAAUUCAUGAGCAACAAGAAUCCCUACUCGCUGAUGCAGCUGGUGAGGGCCUUGUAGAUGGGAAUAUCCUGUAUUUGUUAGCCAAUAAAACUAAUGAUUUGUUAAACACUGAA